UUGCCGCUGCGGGAGGCGGCUCGCCCGGGGGUGCCGCGCGGACUGCGGCGCCGCUUCCGCCAGCGCCCGGGGGAGGCGGUCCGCCCGCUCCAGGGUCCCGCGGGGCGGCGCCCGGGGGCCGCGAGGAGCGGCGGGGAAGACCGCGCCCGUGAGGAAAAAAAAAUAGUAAUACUUCGAGCUUUUUUAAAACCAGAAGGAAACAAAACGCUGGGAAGAUGUUUUUGGUUGUUAGAUCCCUCUGCAUGUUGUUUCCCUUGAGCUGCUGUUUGUGAUCAGAUAAGAAAUUCUGCGUAUUUGCGCCUCUUCUGUGGAAGGAUAAAGACAAAAAUAAUACCAGCGCUGCUACUGUGUGUAACAGUGUUGUCAUAGAGGAGUUUCAGACAUCUUUGUCUUCCUGGAUUUUGGAGAAGUGCCAGCUUGGCAAGCAGGAAGAACAAAAGGACGGGACUGAAAAUAUCUCGUCGGAGGCAGCCUCACCAUCACCACACAUCAGGUUGGGACAGCAGCAGAAUUAGGCAAGCAGCCCGGCCCAGUUUUCUUCAUGCUUUUUUAUUAGGUGGUACGUAAUAGGAGAAUUUCCUACUUGCAAAGCCUGAAGAGUAGUACAAGGUGCUGGUGGAUGACAGAAUAAGUCUCCUAAAGUGAAUAAAAUGAUUUAGAUUUUUUUGCUGGACUGGCCCACAGACUUGCAUGGUUUAACUCAUACGAAUCACUGCUUGAAAAACUUCAAGUACAGAAUUAUUGAAAGACUUAAAAAUGCCGCCCCGACCAUCAUCUGGUGAACUAUGGGGCAUCCACUUGAUGCCCCCGAGGAUCCUUGUGGAGUGUCUUCUCCCAAACGGAAUGAUAGUGACUCUAGAAUGCCUCCGUGAGGCUACAUUACUAACUAUCAAACAUGAACUUUUUAAAGAAGCAAGAAAAUACCCUCUCUAUCAGCUCCUUCAAGAUGAAUCUUCUUACAUUUUUGUAAGUGUUACGCAAGAAGCAGAAAGAGAAGAAUUUUUUGAUGAAACACGGAGACUUUGUGACCUGCGGCUAUUUCAGCCUUUCCUAAAAGUCAUUGAACCAGUAGGUAACAGAGAAGAAAAGAUACUUAACAGAGAAAUAGGUUUUGCUAUUGGCAUGCCCAUCUGUGAGUUUGACAUGGUUAAGGAUCCUGAAGUACAAGAUUUCAGAAGAAAUAUUCUUAAUGUUUGUAAAGAAGCAGUAGAUCUUCGAGAUGCCAAUGCUCCGCACAGUAGAGCAUUGUAUGUCUGUCCUCCAAAUGUAGAGUCUUCACCUGAGCUACCCAAACACAUAUACAAUAAACUAGAUAAAGGGCAAAUAAUAGUGGUGAUAUGGGUAAUAGUUUCACCUAACAAUGAUAAGCAGAAGUACACCUUAAAAAUCAAUCAUGACUGUGUGCCUGAGCAAGUUAUUGCUGAAGCAAUUAGGAAGAAAACACGAAGUAUGUUGCUGUCAUCUGAACAACUGAAGCUCUGCGUGUUGGAGUACCAGGGCAAGUAUAUUUUGAAAGUGUGCGGCUGUGAUGAAUACCUGCUAGAAAAAUAUCCUCUGAGCCAGUAUAAGUACAUAAGAAGUUGUAUAAUGCUUGGUCGCAUGCCCAAUCUGAUGCUGAUGGCUAAAGAAAGUCUAUAUACCCAGCUGCCACUGGAUACCUUUACAAUGCCAUCUUACUCCAGGCGUAUCUCUACAGCUACACCCUACAUGAAUGGAGAAGCUACAGCCAAAUCGCUCUGGACUAUAAACAGUGCUCUCAGAAUAAGAAUCCUCUGUGCAACCUAUGUAAAUGUGAACAUUAGAGACAUUGACAAGAUCUACGUUAGAACAGGUAUCUACCAUGGAGGAGAACCUUUAUGUGACAAUGUGAAUACUCAGAGGGUACCUUGUUCUAAUCCCAGAUGGAAUGAAUGGCUGUUGUAUGACAUGUACAUUCCUGAUCUUCCACGUGCUGCUCGGCUCUGCCUUUCUAUCUGUUCUGUUAAAGGCCGGAAGGGUGCUAAAGAGGAGCACUGUCCAUUGGCUUGGGGAAAUAUAAACAUGUUUGACUACACAGACACUCUUGUAUCUGGGAAAAUGGCUUUGAAUCUUUGGGCAGUACCCCAUGGACUGGAGGAUUUGUUGAAUCCUAUUGGUGUUACUGGAUCAAAUCCGAAUAAGGAAACUCCAUGUUUAGAGCUGGAAUUUGAUUGGUUUAGCAAUCCUGUGAAGUUUCCAGAUAUGACAGUGAUUGAAGAGCAUGCCAAUUGGACAAUCUCACGUGAACUGGGCUUUAAUUACAGCUAUGCGGGACUGAGUAAUAGAAUAGCUAGAGACAAUGAAUUAAGAGAAAGUGACAAGGAGCAACUGCGAGCCAUAUGUACACGGGAUCCUUUGUCUGAAAUCACUGAGCAAGAGAAAGACUUCCUCUGGAGCCACAGACACUAUUGCGUAAAUACCCCGGAAAUUCUGCCUAAAUUACUUCUGUCUGUUAAAUGGAAUUCUAGAGAUGAAGUGGCUCAGAUGUACUGUUUGGUGAAAGAUUGGCCUCCAAUCAAGCCAGAGCAAGCAAUGGAGCUUUUGGAUUGCAAUUAUCCAGAUCCAAUGGUGCGAGCCUUUGCAGUUCGGUGUCUGGAGAAGUACUUAACAGAUGACAAGCUGUCUCAGUACUUAAUCCAGCUAGUACAGGUUCUGAAAUAUGAACAGUACUUAGAUAAUCAACUGGUGAGAUUUUUACUCAAGAAGGCACUGACCAAUCAACGGAUAGGACACUUCUUCUUUUGGCAUUUAAAGUCUGAAAUGCACAAUAAAACUGUAAGUCAGAGGUUUGGUUUACUUCUGGAGUCCUAUUGUCGAGCGUGUGGAAUGUACCUAAAGCAUCUGAGCAGGCAGGUGGAGGCUAUGGAGAAGUUGAUUAACCUCACAGAUAUUCUCAAGCAGGAAAAGAAAGAUGAGACCCAGAAGGUGCAGAUGAAGUUUCUUGUUGAACAAAUGAGACGUCCAGAUUUUAUGGAUGCUUUACAAGGCUUUAUCUCUCCUCUUAAUCCUGCUCAUCAACUAGGAAAUCUUCGGCUUGAGGAGUGCAGAAUAAUGUCAUCUGCAAAGAGACCCCUGUGGUUAAACUGGGAAAACCCAGAUAUUAUGUCUGAAUUGCUAUUUCAGAACAAUGAGAUAAUCUUUAAAAAUGGAGAUGACUUACGUCAAGACAUGCUGACACUUCAGAUAAUUAGAAUUAUGGAAAACAUCUGGCAAAACCAAGGUCUUGAUCUUCGGAUGUUGCCUUACGGUUGUUUGUCUAUUGGUGACUGCGUGGGACUCAUUGAGGUAGUAAGAAGUUCUCAUACGAUCAUGCAGAUUCAGUGUAAAGGAGGCUUAAAGGGAGCAUUGCAGUUCAACAGCCAUACCUUGCAUCAGUGGCUCAAGGACAAGAACAAAGGAGAAAUGUAUGAUGCAGCUAUUGACUUGUUUACACGUUCUUGUGCUGGCUACUGUGUUGCUACCUUUAUACUGGGCAUUGGUGAUCGCCACAACAGUAACAUCAUGGUGAAAGAUGAUGGACAACUGUUUCACAUUGACUUCGGCCACUUCCUUGACCACAAGAAGAAGAAAUUUGGCUACAAAAGAGAGCGUGUGCCCUUUGUCUUAACACAGGACUUUUUAAUAGUGAUUAGUAAAGGAGCCCAAGAAUGCACCAAAACAAGGGAGUUUGAAAGGUUUCAAGAGAUGUGUUACAAGGCUUAUCUAGCAAUUCGGCAGCAUGCCAAUCUGUUCAUAAAUCUCUUCUCCAUGAUGCUUGGCUCAGGAAUGCCAGAACUGCAGUCCUUUGAUGAUAUUGCGUACAUUCGAAAGACCCUUGCAUUGGACAAAACUGAGCAGGAAGCUCUUGAGUACUUCAUGAAGCAAAUGAAUGAUGCUCACCAUGGUGGCUGGACAACAAAAAUGGACUGGAUCUUCCACACAAUAAAGCAACAUGCUUUGAACUGAAAUGAAAGUGAAGAACACGAGAACUAAUAGCCCGCUUUGUGGGUACUACACUGUUAAUACCUGUUAGCAGCAGAGACUGGUUGCAUAGGAAUUGCACAAACCACGAAUGAUAUUAGAACUUAUGGCAAGAAAAAAGACGAACUAUUCAGACAACUGUUGAAAAACAAUGUAAAACAGGGUUUCAGAUAGCACUAAAAUUGUACACUUCAAAAAUUAAGCUUUAGUAUGAUGUGUGACUUCAUGUUAUGCCUUAAGCCCAAAAAGGUAAACUUGGGAAGAAUGUUUCCUUUUUUCAUUUGAUAGGAUAAAUUAGAAGGAAAAAGAAAAUAGUGCCAGCAUGAAUAUAGAGUCCAUCACAUAUUACCUUAGGUCUGGUACAGCAGGUAGAGACUGCUGGAAUGAGAAGCAUUGAAAGAAAGUUCAAGUGGUAGUUAAUAUUUAAAUGCAGUGUAGUUUGAAGGGAAGGAGUUUAAGCUCAAAGAUCUGAAAAAUAGUGAGAGGACAGUGCCUUUUAAAUGUGCUCAGAGGCAUUAACAUACAUAGGGUUUAGAUGAUCCUUUGAUUUCUGGGUCUGUCAUCUGCACAGUUUCAGAAAACAGUAGGAAAUAGGCCCAUUCAGUAUGGUGUUUCUUCUGCUCAGUAUUUCUAGGGGUGCAAUUCAUGCCUUCACAAAGAAACUUUUCUUAUCAUCCCCCAAAACUGACUAACCUGGAAACUGAAUGGUCGGAAUUGGGUUUAGUGCAACAAAGAGUUGUAGUGUUCAUCUUAGGUUUGCUUUAAUCUAACUUGAACUGAAUAGAUUUUUUUCAUACAUGUUUUCCAAGAACCUAAAAAAGGUGAGUUAUUAAAAUUAUUGAAAGAUUAUUUUUUUAUAAAGGCUAUUUAUAUAAUAGGAACUAUUAUUAAUAUAUAUUCUUUAUUUACAUGAUUUGUCCAAUAUUCACUCUUUUAAUUUUGCAGCCCAGUUCUAUCUGUCCAAGGCUCCCACUUCCCUUAAUGUUACUGAAGGUGACCAGUUACAGGACCAAAUUCAGCCCUGGUGAGAGAGGACACAAGUGCCAUUGAAAUGGUGGGAGACACUCCCACUAAUGCCAGAGGUGAACUUGGCCUAAGACUCUUUAACAAUAAGUAAAAAUUGGGGCAACACUCUUCACAUUACUGAAGUGAUAUGCUGGCUAUUCAAGGAACGUAUGUUUAAACCCUCAACUUUUGGGUCCAUCAUUUCUCCUCUUUCUUCCUCCGCUCUGGAAGUGGUUGUUUAAUCCAGUAACUGAUACAUCAGAAAUAGCUGUUUAAAUUUUCAAUAUGAUCAAUAAUAAGCGGUUCAACAUGCAGCAGAUAUGUUGGCUAGCUCAAAGCAUGUGGAGCUACCAAGCAUUUUAUAGCUUUGUCUGUUUUGUGUGUGUGUAAUAUAUAUUUGUAAAUCUAGUUGUCCUCCAACACAAUUAUGAUGUGUGCAAUCAAUUAAAUUGGCACCACUUUUUUGAAACUGUUCAGAGUAAAACGGAUGUCAGAUUGCCCUCAUGCACAGCUUCAGGUAGGAAUGUUUUUCUAACUACUAAAAAGGUUGUUUCUUUUUUUUUUUUUUUUUUUUUAAUUAGUGAAACCCAUGAUUCUGAGGGUGAUGUUUGCCCUAACAUUUUAAGCUUGCUAGAUUGGCAGCACUUGAAGUGAAUUCCAAAGGUCUGGGGCUUUCGGGGUUUCAACUCACUUCCAGACACACACUGAGGUGCCACUCAAAAAGUGCAAUACCACAUGUAAUAUAAAAUAUGCUGACAGCUGGUGUUAGAUUAGAAUAUAAGUAUAUAAAUAAACUGUACUUUGUGCAGGCUGUACUGAUGAGGUAAUGAGUGGUUGGCUUAAUUUAGCAAAUUGUAAUAUAUUUUAAAAAUGUGCAAUCAAUUACGUUAUGAAAGACUUUGGGGAUUGCAAAGCCAGGAUUUUGGUUUUUGAAGAUCCUUUCAUAGUCGAGCUCUUGCAGUUAAUUACUGUACACGUAGAUAUUUGACGAUGUUGUGGGGGGGAAAGGUGUCUUUGUGAAAACUAUGGAAGUUCCAGGACUAGUGUGGGAAAUGUGAAGUUUUUUCCUUAGUUCUACUAAACCCUUUGGAGUAGUCCAACAGACUUCCCAUUAUUCUGUAUUGACUGUUACAUACUCCUUUUUUUUUUUCAUAUGAAUAUUUUUACUCCUGCUAACCUUGGGCAUACUUUCUAGAGCAAAAUUUCUUUUGUACAUAUUACUUUGCAGUCAACACUAAUGGUGUAGCUCUUUGAAAACAUGGCUUUGUUUCAAUGAGUUUAAACUGUUUUGUUUGCAAAAUCUGAAACCCUGUUGGCUAUAACUCUUAAUUUAACAGAGUAAAAUUGUUGCACAAAUGCCACAUUAGGUGCUACAUGAUCAUUAUUUAUCUGUUAAUGAAACAAUGUUUUACUUUUUUUUUAUAUAGGAGGAUGGUUGGACUUUUCCAACCAGGAUGGAAAGAGAACUCAAAUCUUUUGCAUCCUAUGAGCCCACCUUCUUUUGUACUUUACCCCUUCUUAAUGAUAUACUUGUGUAAAUAUGGGUAUAAAUGUCUUUCAGUUCAAGCAUACAGUGUUUUGCACCCUUUUUGCACAAACAGAAAGGUAUGAGGAAUCAGGCUCUGUUUCCAAAACUUACUGCAACUAAAUGCUGUGCAUGAGCUGUGGAAGUUCAUAUGGGCAUCAAAUAAUAAAAGAAAGGAAACAUA